CGUCUAUGUGCUUUCGCUUUGAAGCAGUGAGAGAGUGUGAGUGUCGGGUAAAUAGGCGCUCGUGUGGUGAGGGGGGAUGGGAUGGGGCCACACAGAGCUCUCGUGCUCCCCUAACUCAGCGCGCUCAUUAUUCUCACUUUUCUCCUUUAUAUCGAUGCUGUUUUAAAAUAAAAUUCAUCUUUCCCGUUACCGCAUGUGUUACGUGGCAUCAGAAAAACUAACGGUAUCGAUCUGCGAUUGAAUUGUGGUGCAGAAAGCGUUUAAAAUGUAUCCCGUUGGAGCAGCUGGUGCUGCUGAGCUGUGUCAGGGACAGCAGUCUACAGGGUCAGAUGUUUCUGCUCCCCUGUCUCCUCCAGCACAAGAGUAUGUCUUCAAACCACCUCAACGGCCAGACUUUGGCACAAUGGGUAGGACAAUCAAACUUCAGGCUAACUUCUUUGAAAUGGAAAUACCCAAGUUGGAGGUGUACCAUUACGACAUAGACAUCAAGCCUGAGAAAUGCCCACGGAGAGUUAACCGUGAAAUCGUUGAGCACAUGGUCCAGCACUUUAAGACGCAGAUCUUUGGAGAUCGAAAGCCUGUGUAUGAUGGAAGGAAGAAUCUCUACACUGCCAUGCCUUUACCCAUUGGAAGAGACAAAGUAGAGCUGGAGGUCACAAUUCCAGGGGAGGGAAAAGACAGGAGCUUUAAAGUAGCUAUAAAAUGGGUGUCCUGUGUGAGUCUGCAAGCUCUACAUGAAGCACUGACUGGACGGCUACCAAACAUCCCCUUUGAGACUAUUCAGGCUCUGGACGUUGUCAUGAGACAUUUGCCCUCUAUGAGGUACACUCCAGUCGGACGUUCAUUCUUCACUCCCUCUGAGGGCUGCUCCAACCCCCUCGGUGGAGGAAGAGAAGUUUGGUUUGGCUUCCAUCAGUCUGUGCGACCAUCCCUCUGGAAGAUGAUGCUCAACAUUGAUGUGUCUGCCACUGCAUUCUACAAAGCUCAACCUGUGAUUGAGUUCAUGUGUGAGGUUUUGGAUUUUAAAAGCAUCGAAGAGCAACAGAAGCCCUUAACAGAUUCCCAGAGAGUGAAGUUUACCAAGGAAAUCAAAGGUCUGAAGGUUGAAAUCACUCACUGUGGACAGAUGAAGAGAAAAUACAGGGUUUGUAAUGUGACUAGGAGACCAGCCAGCCAUCAAACGUUUCCUUUGCAGCAAGAGAAUGGUCAGACCAUUGAAUGCACUGUUGCCCAGUACUUCAAGGAUAAGUACAAACUGGUGCUGCGAUAUCCACAUCUCCCAUGUUUACAAGUUGGUCAGGAGCAGAAACACACCUACCUUCCGCUGGAGGUCUGUAACAUAGUAGCCGGACAGAGAUGCAUCAAGAAACUGACAGACAAUCAGACCUCCACUAUGAUACGUGCCACAGCCAGGUCUGCGCCUGACCGUCAGGAUGAGAUCAGCAAACUGAUGAGAAGUGCCAACUUCAACACUGAUCCUUAUGUGCGUGAGUUUGGAGUUAUGGUAAGAGACGAGAUGACUGAGGUCAAUGGUCGGGUCCUUCAGGCACCUUCAAUUCUCUAUGGUGGAAGGAACAAAGCAAUAGCAACCCCAGUCCAGGGUGUGUGGGACAUGAGGAACAAGCAGUUCCACACAGGGAUUGAGAUCAAAGUGUGGGCUAUUGCCUGCUUUGCCCCGCAGAGGCAGUGUACAGAACUUCUUCUGAAGGCGUUUACUGACCAGCUCCGUAAGAUAUCACGUGAUGCUGGCAUGCCCAUUCAGGGCCAGCCGUGCUUUUGCAAAUAUGCCCAGGGAGCAGACAGUGUGGAGCCCAUGUUCAAACACCUCAAGUACACUUACCAAGGCUUACAGCUGGUGGUUGUCAUCCUACCUGGGAAGACCCCUGUUUAUGCUGAGGUGAAGCGUGUUGGAGACACUGUUCUUGGCAUGGCCACGCAGUGUGUCCAGGUGAAGAAUGUACAGAAGACCACACCUCAGACCCUUUCCAACCUCUGUCUCAAGAUUAAUGUCAAACUGGGUGGAGUCAACAACAUUCUUCUUCCACAGGGCAGGCCCUUAGUGUUUCAGCAACCAGUCAUCUUUCUGGGUGCAGAUGUGACUCAUCCACCAGCUGGAGAUGGCAAGAAACCUUCAAUUGCUGCUGUUGUUGGCAGUAUGGAUGCCCACCCAAGCCGAUACUGUGCCACGGUGCGGGUGCAGCAGCACCGUCAGGACAUCAUUCAGGAUCUGGCCACCAUGGUGAGAGAGCUGCUGAUCCAGUUCUACAAAUCCACACGCUUUAAACCAACGCGCAUCAUCUACUACAGAGACGGCAUUUCAGAGGGCCAGUUCAACCAGGUUCUACAGCAUGAACUGCUGGCUAUUCGUGAGGCCUGCAUCAAGCUGGAGAAAGAUUAUCAACCAGGCAUCACCUUCGUAGUAGUGCAGAAGAGACACCACACCAGGCUCUUCUGCAUGGACAGGAAUGAGCGGGUUGGAAAGAGUGGCAACAUCCCUGCUGGCACCACAGUUGACACCAAAAUUACUCAUCCAUCCGAGUUUGACUUUUAUCUUUGCAGUCAUGCCGGAAUUCAGGGUACCAGCAGGCCGUCCCACUACCACGUGCUGUGGGACGACAACCAUUUCACCGCCAUGCUGUUAGGUUUCCAAUUGCCCAUGUAG